CUCGCGUGAAAUGUUUGCUGUCGUCAGGUCACGUUUCUUCUGUAGAUUUGGUGAGUGCAGACGUACGGAAACUCCGUGACAAACUUGUGUCCACUGUGCAGGGCAGAGGAUGGCAGACUCCAGGCCCAGGCCGUGCGUCCUGUGUGGGCCGUCGGGGUCGGGCAAGAGCACCCUCAUCAAGAAACUUAUGGAGGAGUACAAGGACUAUUUUGGCUUUUCUGUCAGCCACACUACAAGAAAGCCAAGACCUGGAGAGCAGGAUGGAAUCCAUUACCACUACACCACACGGGAAUGGAUGGAGAAUGCAAUCACGAAUGGGGAGUUCAUAGAAUCAGCAGAAUUCUCAGGCAACCUUUAUGGGACAAGUAAGAAGGCUGUUCAGGACGUACUGAAUCAAAACAAGAUUUGCAUUUUAGACAUUGAAAUGCAAGGUGUCAUCCAAAUCCAGAAGACCAAUCUCAAGCCAGUAUACAUCUUUGUCAAACCACCAAAUAUGAAAGUUCUGGAAGAGAGGCUAAGGAAUAGAAAAACAGACACUGAGGAAGCGAUACAGAAAAGGCUGGAGACAGCAAGGCGAGAGAUGGAUUUCAUUCAGCAACAGACUGAAUCUCCCAACUCUCACAUCAUCGUGAACGAUGACGUGGAAGUCGCCUACGAAAAACUCAGAGGAAUACUCAGCAAUCCUCUCUCAGCACUCAAGGAUCUCAAGUACAAGAUGAAGACACUUAUCGACCCCCCAUAGGGCUUGGAAUAAAAUACAGAUUUCUUUUAAAAAUGUUCCUGAUUUCAUUACAUUUCUGAAGAAUGCAUGUGUGCAAAGCUGAAGCAGGUUUGGGUUUUUUUUUUUGCUUUUUUACACUAACAAGAAUGAUUAGGGUUUUGCCCUAACCCAACGUAUAUAUUAAUAAACACUGUAUGCUCAGUGCUUGUCCG